ACGUAUUUCAUGCCCGCAUCGCAAGUCACGGACGUUUUACGGCGACAAUGAGCGCGGCGCCUCGCUAAGGCUGAGCGGCGACCGCCGAAUAACGGGACCCGCGUUCGCGCCGCGUCCCACUUCGGCACCUCUGUUCAAGAACCGCGGCGAACCCAGUAACAAUGGAAGGAGUUCUGUACAAGUGGACCAAUUAUAUGAGUGGCUGGCAGCCCCGCUGGUUCGUGCUGGAAGGUGGAACUUUGUCCUACUACGACUCCCAGGAGGACGUGUGGAAAGGAUGCAAGGGGAGCAUCCGCGUGUGUGUGUGUGAAAUAAAAGUCCAUCCGACGGACGUCACCCGGAUGGACCUGACGGUCCCGGGCGAACAGCACUUCUACUUGAAGGCUCUCAAUGCGGCGGAGAGGCAGAAGUGGCUGGUAGCCCUGGGGACGGCCAAGGCCUGUCUCACGGACAACAGGACCAAGAGGGAGAAAGAGCUCCAAGAAAACACGAAAGCCCUGAAAACCAAGAUGUCUGAGCUGAGGCUCUACUGUGACCUGCUCCUCCAGCAAGCGGACAAGCUGCGGGAGGGCCCUCCCGGCGAAGAGCUGCGUGCGGCACCGGGGGAGGACGCGCCUGCGGGGAAGCCUUUGCUCAAAUCAACGUGCAACAUGUUCCUGAAGACGCUGGAGGAGUGCAUGCUGGUCGCGAGCCGGACAUUCAGCGAGCCGGACUCCCUGCUCCACAUCCCCACUGGUUUGGCGCCGGUGGCUGCUGUCAGACCUCAAAAGGUGAAACCACACAACCGCACCAGUCAGGUCCUUCUGGAAAGAAGAGAAUUUGACAGCGGGUCGGGAGGCGCGUCCGCGUGUGAGCGAGCGGACCGGGAGCGCCCAGAGUGCCGUACGGGACCACCGGCUGGGGAAUCGCAGGCCGAGCGGGAGAGCGGCUCUACCCAGGGGCAGAUUGCCCUGUCAGAGUCCUGCUCGGCAGGGGAUGCGCGCGCGCAGCCGGCAGGGAGCACGGCGCGUCUGGCCGAAGGCCGAGCGCAGAAGGCGGAAGAUCGGGACGGCGUCGGCGCGGAGGACGUCCCCCCCGCGCCUGCCGACACCCAAAGGUGCGAGGAACGGUGUUGCGGUAGCGGACCGGGAGGAGUCCGCUUCCCCCAAACGGCCGGACGGGACAAAAGCCAAGAACGGGGAGGCGCGUUUCCGGCUCCGGAGAGUGACGGGUGCGAAAAACCCCCUGCGUGACGGCGGGCCGUGCCGACGGGCUGCUCGCGUGGACCGCGUUCCUGAACCCCGGUGUCGGCGAGCGCGUCCGCGGGGUUGCGCGGAAGUCGGCGUGCGGCCCUCUGCACAUCCGUGGAUCUCCCUACGCUGGUUUUUUAACAUCAAAUAAAAGUUUAGUCUCCCC